AUGUUUCCGACAGAUAUCUCGGGAGGCACGUCCCAGGAAUACUUCGAUCUCGACCAGGGCAUAGGAGGGUCGGGGUACCAGGAUUUCUCCGUCUCUAUGGAGUACUGGACGGACAACGUAAACACGUGGUCUACAGACUGUCACGAUACCACUCAGCAAAGCUAUUGUUAUGACUACCAACAAUGUUGUCCUUCCAAUAAUGGUCCGGGAAUGGCUGCUUGUGCUUUAUCUCCGGACGGACAAUUCGAUAGCCGAUCACAGGAAUACCAAGUUUGUGACGUAACACAACAGGUGACAAAAUCGAACCAAGAGGUGAGAAACAGCAACAGUAAAAAAACGAGGGAAGUCCCAGAUUUGAUUCGUGAGGGAGCUACGGAACGAGAAAGAUUACGUAUGCAUUCCCUGAACGAUGCGUUCGACAACCUUCGUCGUGUCGUUCCCAAAUCCAACCUUAGUGAUCACCAUAAAUUGUCCAAGAUCGCUACGCUUCGCUUAGCAAUCCACUACAUCGCAGCGCUUGGCGGGAUUCUAAAGAGUAGUGGGGUCGAGGUUCGAGUCAUUGAGGAUCAGAGUGCAGGGGACAUGCGCGGAAAACGAAGGAGGUUCCGGUCACGCGGAAGGAAAACAGGACAUUUUACAACCAAUUAG